UUCUCUAUCUACCACACGGACCAGAAAAACAAUCCUGUGGAGACGGUAUGCAACAAGCGUUCCCUGCAUAUUUACCGUCACUCGAUGAACUACGCGUGGAGGAGCUAGCUAGGUUCUUGGCUUCCUUUCCUUCACACGACGACCGGGGGCUAUAAAUACUCGCGAUUAGCUAGGCCACUCAGCUCAUCCUCGUCGUCUCAUCGAUCGGGAAUUUUAGCUAAUCGCGAUUAGGCCAUUCAGCUAGCUCCUCCGACCCUCGUCUCAUCGAUCGGGAAUCAACAAUAUCUCAAUAAUAUAGCUACCUAGUACUAGGUGAUGCUUCUGGCCAGCUCGUCGUCGGCGGUCGUGAGCAUGAACGGCAGCGGCGAGGGCGACACGAGCUACGCCAACAACUCCAACUUCCAGCGUGUCAUCGCCUCCGUCACCAGGAAGGCCAGGCGGGACAUGGCCGCCGCGCUGUACUGCGCCCUGGGCCGCCCGGCCUCCCUGGCCAUCGCCGACCUGGGCUGCGGCACCGGGCCCAACGCGCUGCUCAUGGUGUCCGACGCCGUCGACGCCGUGCUGGCGGAGACCAACAACAACAAGGGCGCCUCGGCGGCGCCCCUGCCGCAGCUGCACGUCUUCCUCAACGACCUCCCCGCCAACGACUUCAACGCCGUCUUCCGCCUCCUCCCGUCGUCACCGCUCGCCGCCGCCGGCUGCCUCGUGUCGGCCUGGCCGGGCUCCUUCUACCGCCGCCUCUUCCCGGAGGCCAGCCUCGACUACGUGGUCUCCUCCUCCAGCCUCCACUUCCUCUCAAAGGCGCCGCCGAUGGCGCCGGAGCAUCUGAACCGGAGGCGCGUGCACGUCUCGGCGGCCGGCCCGGCGGCGGUGCUGGACGCGUACCGGGCGCAGUUCCACGCCGACUUCGUCGCCUUCCUCCGCUGCCGCGCCGCCGAGACGCGGGCCCGGGGCCUCCUCCUCCUCACCUUCGUCGGCAGGAGGAGCGCGCGCCCCACCGCACACGACUGCUACCUCUGGGACCUCCUCGCCGACGCCCUCAUGGACAUGGCCGCCGCCGGGCUCGUCGACGAGGAGCGGGUGCACUCCUUCAACGCGCCCUACUACGCGCCCUGCCCCGACGACCUCGCCAGGGUCGUCGCCGAGGAGGGCUCCUUCGCCAUCAGGACCAUGCACCUCUUCGACACCACGCGCUGCCACCUGCUCGCCGGCGGCGGCCGCUCUCACCCGCCGACUAGUAAUAGUAAUAAACACGACGGCGAAGGCGACGACGAGUUGCCGCGGUGGCUCGCCGCGGAGACGGCGGCCACCAUCAAGGCGGUCGUAGAGCCUAUGCUGCGGACCCACUUCGGCUGGGCCGCCAUGGACGGGCUCUUCUGCAGGUACCGCCUCCUGCUCGAGGCAUACUACCGCAGCAAGGCCACCAGGAACAAGGAUGACAUCACCAACGUCUUCCUCGUCCUGGAGAAGAAACAACGCUGCUACUAGCUAGCUCCCCCUUCGGCCGGCGGUGGAUUAUUCAGCCGGUCGAGGAUCUCUGGUUGGAUUGUUUGGAAGCGCGACGGCGGAUGCUGCACAUAGCCCUUCCCUUUUUUAUUUUUCAUUCGUGAUGUGUGGCGUCAAAUUAAAGUUUGAAACGCUAUAUAUAUUCAAAGCAGUGUAUCAUGAUUAUUUAAUAUAUAAAGUAUUUUAUAGGUUCGUGCC